AGUGGGGGUAAAAUAGGAUAAACCCAUCAUCAUCUUCCAACUGUCGGACCAAGAGAGAGGAUGUGGGAUUACAGCAAGUGAUAAACAUGGCAGCUUCAUCUGCACCUCUCUCUUUGAUACUCAACCCUAAAUCACCUCUUCAUCUCCAUAGCUCAUUUUCUCCGGUCACAUUUCAAUCGACACAAUCAUCGAGGAGAAUUCCCUAUUAUCUCAAUUUACCCACCGCAGUGAGGCCAAAACCCCCAAAAAGCUUCAAGCUUGCCGCCAUUAAUGGCAAUUUCUCUCUCUCGGAAGCAAUUCCGGUGGAGGCUUCUCAGGAAAUAGUUUCCACUACUGACGACGGCGUCGCCACCGUCAUAUCAGUUCUUCUCUUCGUCGCCUUCGUCGGUCUAUCCAUUCUUACCAUAGGGGUUGUCUACAUAGCUGUGACAGAUUUCUUGCAGAAAAGGGAGAGAGAUAAAUUUGAGAAAGAAGAGUCUGCUAAGAAGAAGAAGGGUGGCAAAAAGGGGAGAGUUAGGGCUCGGGCCGGGCCAAAGGGAUUCGGGCAGAAGAAUCAAGAAUACGACGAUUAUCUUGAUGAAGCCGACUGAUCGAUCGAUUCCAAUUGGUACAAAUGGUAAAAUUGCCUUGAUGAAGCCGACUGAUCGAUCGAUUCCAAUUGGUACAAAUGGUAAAAUUGCUUGACAUUGGAUUGUAGUGAACAUAUUUAUCUUUCUUUAUAGAUCCAUCCAUUGUUGCUUAGGGUGAUACUAUGGAAUUUUUUAUAUAUUUGUUUGCAUCUUCGAGAAAUAAUUCCAUGUUCGAGUUCGUCCUGUUGUU